AUGGGAAAGAUGGAGGUUAUAUUCAAUGCUCGAGAUCUCAUGACCAGUUCGUUGCUGAAGAAGAUGAGUCUAUACUUCCAAGUUUGGCAACAAACUCUUCAACUCCCCAACCUCUCUCCCUCCUCCAGUCUUUCAGGAGAGUUGGGUGAUACCUUCUUGGAGAAGUUUUUGGGCUUCAUAAUGGCUUUGUAUAAUGGAAACAAGCAAAAAUUCCAAAUCCUUGUGAUGGCGCCUGAUGCUGAUGGAGUUGGCUGUUCUUCAAGAUCUUCUGGUUCAACUAAGAGAUGGAAGUAUGAUGUGUUUUUGAGCUUUCGAGGGGAAGAUACCCGGAAAAAUUUUACUGAUCAUUUGUAUGCUGCUUUAAAAAACGAAGGAUUAAGAACUUUUCGGGAUGAGGAAGGACUUGAAAGGGGAGAAUCUAUUAAUCCAAGUUUAGUAGAAGCAAUUGAAGAAUCUCGUUCUGCAAUUAUUGUGCUCUCUCCAAAUUAUGCUUCUUCAACUUGGUGUUUGGAUGAGCUUCAAAAGAUCCUACAGUUAAAGGAAGAGACAAGUCUUCAAGUAUUUCCAAUAUUUUACGGUGUAGAUCCUUCUGAUGUUAGGAAACAAAACGGAAGAUUUGCAGAAGCCUUCAUAAGGCAUGAAGAAAGAUUUGUCAAAGACAAAACGCAGGAAUGGAGGGAUGCUUUAAAAGAAGUUGCUACAUUAUCUGGUUGGGACUCAAAAAACCGGUAUGAAACAGAAUUCAUUGAAAGCAUUGCUGAUGAAAUCGGGUCAAAGUUACUUGAUAAAUCAGCAUCUGAUCUUGGCAAGUUAAUUGGAAUUGAACCAAAAUUAGAUGAACUGAAUUCAAUCAUAGCAAGGGAAUCAGAAGAAGUUGGGUUUAUAGGAAUAUGGGGUGCAGGAGGCGUAGGCAAAACAACUCUUGCUAGAGCCUUUUAUGAGCGAGAACGAAAGCGAAAGAGCAAAAACUUUGAGAUUCACUGCUUCCUUGAUAAUAUUAGAGAGGCAUGUGAAAAAGAUGGUUUGAUUUCGUUGCAAAGAAAACUUCUUUUAUCUUUGUACAAAAGGAGUAUAGAAGUGGCUGAUUUUUAUGAAGCAAUGGAGUUGAUAAAAAGGAAGUUAACCGACAGAGAAAUUCUACUUGUCCUUGAUGAUGUGAGUCAUGUUAGCCAACUUGAGAAGUUGGCUCCAAGGCAAGGAUGGUUCAGCAAAGGGAGCAUAAUAGUGAUAACAACAAGGGAUAAGCAUUUGCUAUCAUCAUAUGGUGUAUCUGAUAGUGCUAUAUAUCACAUUGAAUUCUUGAGUGAUAGCGAGUCCCUUAAACUUUUCAUUCAAAAUGCUUUUAAAGAAGGGCAACCUAAUGAAGAUUAUUUGAACCUUGCUAGAACCGUCAUUGAAUAUGCUGGAGGCCUUCCUUUAGCACUCGAAGUGUUAGGUUCAUUUCUUUGCAAAAGAACGAUAGAGGAAUGGGAAGAUGCACUAGCUAAGUUCGAGAAAUGUCUUCCAGAGGACAUUUCCAAGAUACUUGAAGUGAGUCUUCACGGAUUAGAGCUUAAUGAGAAGACUAUAUUCUUGGAUAUUGCUUGCUUUUUCAAUGGGAUGGACGAAGAUCAUAUCAUACAAAUUUUAGAAACAUUGGAUAAGGAUCUUCACCCAAAAAUUGGAAUAAGGCUUCUUAUUGACAAAUCACUAGUAAUUAAUUAUGAAGGGCGUUUGUGGGUGCAUGAAAUUCUACAAAAUAUGGCUAAACAUGUUGUCUAUCAAGAAUCAUCUGGUGAUGCCAGCAAGCUUUCUAGGAUAUUGUCCUUGGAUGAUGCCAAUCAUGUAUUAGGAGGAAAUAAGGGGACAGAAGCAACCCGGGGAAUAAUGCUAACGUUAAAAAAGUCAUGUGAUGCAUUUUGGGAUCCUGAAGCCUUCUCAAAACUGAGUAAUCUCAAGUUACUUAUCAUUUCAAGUCACUCACACGUUUCACAUUGCCAAUUGAAUCUUCCGCUUGGACUCAAGUCUCUUUCCAAAGAGUUGAAAGUCAUAGAAUGGGAGGGGUAUCCAUUAUUUUAUUUGCCAAGUCAACCUCAACUCAAUCAGCUUGUUGUGCUAAAAAUGCAGCAUAGCAAGUUAAAAGAACUUUGGAGAGGAACACAGUCUCUUCGAAGCUUGAAGUCCAUUGAUCUAUCUCAUUCAGAAUACCUCAUCAAAACCCCAAAUUUUGAUGGAAUUCCUCAUCUUGAAAAGUUGAUUCUUCAAGGGUGUUCUAACUUGGUUAAAAUUUACCAGUCUCUUGGGCAACACAAGAAACUUGUCACUGUUGACUUGAAAGAUUGCAAAGAAGUUAAAACGCUUCCAGAAAAAUUUGAGAUGAAUAGCUUGGAGACUUUUAUUCUAUCAGGUUGUUCAAAAGUUAGAAAACUUCCUGAGUUUGGAAAAGAUAUGGCAUGUCUAUCAAAGCUUGAUUUAGAGAAGACUGCUCUAGCCAAACUACCUCAAUCGUUGGGUAAUUUGAUUGGUCUCGUUGAAUUAAAUUUGACAAACUGCAAAAAGCUGGUUUGUCUUCCAUGUAGUGUUAGCAAGUUGAAAGCUCUGAAAGUUAUCAAAAUUUCUGAAUGCUCAAAGCUUUCAUGGCUGCCAGAGAAUUUGAAUGAAAAUGAAGCUUUGGAAGAGCUAGAU